UCAGUCGAUCGAUCCCUAGUGCCUCUUACUCGUUGAGUGUCAGAGAGUCUCGCCUCUCUUGCCGCCUCCUCUUCGAAGCCACAAGCAUCCCAGUAAUCAGGCUAUUCCUCAGCCAGACAGCUACUUGGCUGAGCGUCCGCGAGAAAGAUACUGUGAUGAAGGGUCGUGUAAGAUGGGAUGAGGCUAAUCUGGGCGAAAUUGAAGCAAAUAAACCAGAGAGGCAGAAAAUUACUGAACCGAAGACACCAUACUACCCUAUAAUUCCUGAUGAUGAGGAGUACCAGCAGGUCCAGCAUAACAGACCCCCUCGAAGUUCAGAAACUGAUGCUUUUAAAGAGGAACCAGGAUCACUGUCUCCUAUAAGAGAUAGUUUCGAAUAUGGCACCAGCGAUGCCAUGCACACAGAAGCCAUACUUUCUGCGCUGAAGAAUGUUGCUUCCUCUAGUAGAGGUAACUCACACCAUUCUGGCUGGACGACAUCUGAAGACGAGGCAGAUGAUAUAAAUCAAGAUGAUGAAGAUUCUGGUAGCGAUAGAAGCAGGAGUUUCAAGGAGCAGAGGCGAGUCCACUAUGAUGAGUUUCAGAAAGUGAAAGAACUCCGACGAAAGGGAUCCUUACUUGAAGAUGCAUCUGAUGAGGAUGUUGUUGGUGAGAAAAAUAGUGGUAGAUCUGACCCAUCAUCAUCUUUAACUACCGGUGUAAAAGAGAUGGACAUUGAAGAAGGUGGCGGCGCAACUGACCCUCAACAAACUUCAGGCCUGGCUGAUGGAAUAUAGAGGAGGAGGUUAAAACACCACCUUGAAUUGAUGAAUUCUAUCAUAUCAGUUACUGUUUUAUCACUAUUCUGAAAAACAAUUCAACCUCUCUGAUCCGUCGCCUUUGCCCCCGGCGACCCUCUUGAUUGUAAAUAGGCAUUUCAAAGAAUUAUUCUGUUCGUGUUGCAUUCUUAUACCUAAAUGAGAGCCAACUUGAUAUAUUCUUAACAACAAUGAUAUAUGGAAGCUUGAGGUUAUAUCUUCUUCUUUCUGCUCAAGGUCCAACCAACCCUUUGGAGUAGUCCAUUGAUUUAGGUGUCGUUCAAGGUGUAUCGUUUAGCCUUUAUAAGUGA